UCAUCUCUCUAUGGACAUAAAAAAAUCAGAGGGAAGAAAAAAAAGAAAGCAAUCGCUACGAUUUCAAGAAUCAAGAAGCUGAUGAUGAAGAGAAUCCCUCGUAUCAAAUUUCCUCAGCGACACUCUAUUUCAUCUGGUUCUGGACCUGCUCCGGGAUCUGUUCCCGGCGUCAAGAAAAAUGUGACGGCGAGUUCAGACGUUCCGGCGGCUCCGAAGAACACUGCUGAUGGAGGAAAAGCAUCUCUGCAGCCAAAACGUACACCUGUCUCCGACAAAGAAAUCGAAUCUAUAAUGUUGGGUGGUUGCAUCUGAUAUUCCUAUGUUUGAAAACUUGAUCGAUCGACCAGUUUGGGGGUUCUUGUUGUCUUGUCGGCUGGCGAAGUUUUUAUUAUGCUGUUGUUUUUUAAUUGUAAAGAAAUAACUAAUAAUGUAGAGGAGAUGAUGAUUUUGUAAGAAUGAUACUCUUUUCUUUCUCGUUAUUAUUAUUUAAGUUAAAAAAUGCCUCUUUCGAGUU